AUGAGGUCUUAGCUCAGAAAUAAUAGCAAAUCUGGUUUGAUGCUUGAUCCUAAUUUAUUAUUAUUACAACCACUUUCAGAACAUACUUAAAGCGAUUUUACAUCUGCAACUAUGCAUAAUAUUGAACUAUAAUACUAUGAUUACGACAUUUAUUCUAGUAAUCAAUCAAAAUUGAAUCCUCGAUUACUUUUUAGAGAAGCUAAGAGAAAAGAUAGUUAUUUUAACUUCCAUUAAGAAACAGCCAUCAAUAUUACAUUCCUGUAUUUGCAGUUUCUUAAAGAAAAUAAAUCCUUAGUUCGAAAAUUUCUUUUCGCAAAUGUGGUAUUAGAUGUAGUUUUAAGAAUCGUCAUUUUUACUUUACUUUGCCUAAAGUUAUCAACGAAUACUAAAAUUACAAUCUACUUUAUAACAUUAUUCCAAAUUUCAAGAGUAUUCCAUAUGUGUUGUACUAUAAAGCUGUUAUUUAUGGAUUAAUUUAAUUUAUAGAAUAGAUCUUUUAUUCCAAUUAGUCAUUUGUAUAGAAAAAACUUCAUUACAGAAGAAGAACCUAGAGAAUGUGAUUUGAAACCUCUAAAUUAUAAAAAUAAUAUUUUGAGUUGCCGAACAAUCCUAUUUGUAUUAUUGCCAGUAGAAUUUUGUUUUCUAUGCAUUCCCAAAAAGUAGAUAAAAAAUAUUACAAAUACCAUUAUGAUUAGUAGUUACAUUUUGAAGAGCAUAGAGGUAAUAAUUUAUGACACACCUCUACUAAUAUUAAUGUCAUUACAUGAUGGUUUAUCAGGGUAUAUAAAUUUGAAAAACUCGAGUUUGAUAUUUAUAUUACUGAUUGCAGAUAUUUUAAAAUAUGUCAUAUUAAAUAUAUAUUUGGUAAUUUUCAGCGAGACAGGAUAAAACAACACCUUAAAAUUUUGA